AUGAAUCUGCGGCUGUGCGUGCAGGCGCUCCUGCUGCUCUGGCUCUCCUUGACCGCGGUGUGUGGAGGGCCCCUGGUGCAACCUCCUGAUGGGAAAGACCUAGAAGAAGGCAAUAUUCGCUACUUGGUGCAGCUCAAGGGGUCCAGGAAGGGACCAGGGCCCUGGCAGGGAAGUCGCAGGAAGUUCCGUCGCCAGCGGCCACGCCUCUCCCAUAAGGGCCCCAUGCCUUUCUGAAGCAGGACUGAAGGUGCCCCCAAGGGCCUGCCCCCCGCAGUGCACUCCACAAAUCAGCCUGCUUCUCUGGAGCCCUCAUACCCAUUCAGCUGUUGUCUUGCACUUAUUCUAGCUGCUGAUGGUCCUGACCUUCGCACCCACCAGCCGCCUGCCGUGGUGUGGUCCCAGCCCUCGUUCUGAUGAUUCCAGUUCUCUCGCAAGGAUCCAUGGAGGCCACCUUCCUGGCCCCUGCCUGGACUGACUUUGGAGACCCAGCCCUGGGCUUCCCCCUCUGCUCCCCGUGGCCCUCUGCAUGGCUCUAGUCCUACCUCACCCACCUCGGGGACCCAAUCUAUAUACUUAGCCCUUCCUUUCUCACCUCUGACCUGGUGGCUGCCAGGAAAUGUUCCCUUAAGCAAUAUUGUCAAUGGGAUUCUCACCAUGACACCGGCCUCUGCACAGGAACACACAGAGGUGCAAUGAAGACUCCGAUCACAGGGGCUGAG